GUUUCACAACGCGGUAUAUUUUCCCCCUCACACUCUCUCUGCUGAACUGAAGCUCCCACAGAAGGUAGCGCUAUCCGUUCUGCUCAGAGCGCUUUCCCCGUGCGGCCACCCAAAACCCCACAAGAGACGGCAAAACUAUAACGCAUCGGCCGCACUCUGGACAAAAGACGGAGCCGGUGGAAGAAUUUUCGCUUGCGAAUAACCAGGAAGGUAAAAGGUAGCUGCGUUCUGGCAGGAAUGCAACAUGACCUGGCGGGGUUGGGAAUUUCAACUCUUCGGCCAGGUAGCCAGCUGAAGCGCACGCCGCGCCCUCCCCCAUGUUCGGCCCGACACUUCCAUGGACGGCAAACGGGGGCCGCCCGCUAAUUCUGACGCCUCCGGCAGCUCGUCUCUAAGGUAACGCCGCUCCCGCCGGUGGGACGAGGGACAGAGAGAGAGGGAGAGAGAGGAAGAGCGAGCAAGAGAGAGAGAGAGAGAGGAGGGAUUUUUAAAAAAUGCCGGCCGGGCUUCGGGCCUUGCUCCUGAUGGCGCUCUCCAGGGGAGUGGUCCUGCUGUCGCCGGGCGACCCCGGCUUCGCCCGCAAGGACAUCAAGAUCGACGGGGACCUGGUGCUGGGCGGGCUCUUCCCCGUGCACGAGAAGGGCCAGGGCAUGGACGAGUGCGGGCGCGUGAACGAGGACCGCGGGAUCCAGCGGCUGGAGGCCAUGCUGUUCGCCGUCGACCGCAUCAACGCCGACCCCGCCCUGCUCCCCGGCGUGUCCCUGGGAGCCCACAUCCUGGACACCUGCUCCCGGGACACCUACGCACUGGAGCAGUCCCUGGAGUUCGUGCGCGCCUCGCUCACCAAGGUGGACGACACCGAGUACAUCUGCCCCGACGGCUCGUACGCCCUGCAGGACGGCAGCCCGCUGGCCAUCGCCGGCGUGAUCGGCGGCUCCUACAGCAGCGUCUCCAUACAGGUGGCCAACCUGCUGCGGCUCUUCCAGAUCCCCCAGAUCAGCUACGCCUCCACCAGCGCCAAGCUGAGCGACAAGUCCCGCUACGACUACUUUGCCCGGACGGUGCCGCCCGACUUCUACCAGGCCAAGGCCAUGGCCGAGAUCCUGCGCUUCUUCAACUGGACGUACGUGUCCACGGUGGCGUCGGAGGGCGACUACGGCGAGACGGGCAUCGAGGCCUUCGAGCAGGAGGCCCGGCUGCGCAACAUCUGCAUCGCCACGGCCGAGAAGGUGGGCCGCUCCAACGCCAAGAAGUCGUACGACGCCGUGGUGCGGCAGCUCCUGCAGAAGCCCAACGCCCGGGUGGCGGUGCUGUUCAUGCGCAGCGACGACGCCCGCGAGCUGCUGGCCGCUGCCACCCGCCUCAACGCCUCCCUCACCUGGAUCGCCAGCGACGGCUGGGGCGCCCAGGAGAGCAUCGUCAAGGGCAACGAGAGGGCGGCGGACGGGGCCAUCACCCUGGAGCUGGCCGCCCACCCCGUGGCGGAGUUCAACCGCUACUUCCAGCACCUCGGCCCCCUCAGGAACAGGCGCAACCCCUGGUUCAGGGACUUCUGGGAGCAGAAGUUUCAGUGCUCCCUGGCGCCGGGCGGGGACGGGGCGAGGGACAGGGAGAGGGAGAGGGAGAGGGACAGGGAGCCGUGCGGGGCGGACCUGGCCAUCGACGACUCCAACUUCGAGCCGGAGUCCAAGAUCAUGUUCGUGGUGAACGCGGUGUACGCCAUGGCCCACGCCCUGCACGAGAUGCAGCGGACGCUGUGCGCCAACACCACGCGGCUCUGCGACGCCAUGAAAUCCCUGGACGGGAGGAAACUGUACAGGGACUACCUGCUCAACCUCAACUUCAAGGCACCUUUCUCUCCUCCCGGGGUGGACAGCGUGGUGAAAUUCGACGCCUACGGCGACGGGUUGGGGCGCUACAACAUCUUCAACUACCAGCAGGGGGCGGGGAAGUACUCCUACGUGCAGGUGGGGGAGUGGGCGGAGUCGCUGAGCCUGAGCGGCGAGCUGAUUCGCUGGCCGCGGGAGGCGUCGGCCCCGCCCACCUCGCAGUGCAGCGACCCGUGCGCGCGCAACGAGAUGAAGAAGAUGCAGGCGGGCGAGUACUGCUGCUGGAUCUGCACGCCCUGCGAGGACCACGAGUACCUGGCCGACGAGUUCACCUGCGCCCCCUGCGGGGCGGGCCGGUGGCCCCGCCCGGACCUGACCGGCUGCUACGACCUGCCCGAGGACUACAUCAAGUGGGCGGACGCCUGGGCGGCGGGGCCGGUCGCCGUGGCCUGCGCCGGCUUCCUCAGCACCGCCCUGGUGGCCGCCGUGUUCGCCCGGCACAACGACACGCCGCUGGUCAAGGCGUCGGGCCGCGAGCUCUGCUACAUCCUGCUGCUGGGCGUCUUCAUGUGCCACGGCAUGACCUUCUUCUUCAUCGCCAAGCCGUCGCCUGCCACCUGCGCCAUGCGGCGGCUGGGCCUGGGCACGUCCUUCGCCGUCUGCUACGCGGCGCUGCUCACCAAGACCAACCGCAUCGCCCGCAUCUUCGGCGGCGGCGCCAGGGAGGGCGCCCAGCGGCCGCGCUUCAUCAGCCCCAGCUCGCAGGUCUUCAUCUGCCUGAGCCUGAUCUCCGUGCAGCUGGCGCUGGUGUCCGUCUGGCUGCUGCUGGAGGUGCCCGGCACGCGCCGCUUCACGCUGCCCGAGCGCCGGCAGACGGUGGUGCUCAAGUGCAGCGUGCGCGACUCCAGCAUGCUGCUCUCGCUCUCCUACGACGUGGUGCUGGUGGCGCUCUGCACCGUCUACGCCUUCAAGACGCGCAAGUGCCCCGAAAACUUCAACGAGGCCAAGUUCAUCGGCUUCACCAUGUACACCACCUGCAUCAUCUGGCUGGCCUUCCUGCCCAUCUUCUACGUCACCUCCAGCGACUACCGGGUGCAGACCACCACCAUGUGCAUUUCGGUCAGCCUGAGCGGCUUCGUGGUCCUGGGGUGCAUGUUCGCCCCCAAGGUCCACAUCAUCAUGUUCCAGCCGCAGAAGAACGUCACCAGCCACCGGCACAACCCCGCCCGGUUCAGCGUCAGCGGCCCCGCCACCACCUACUCUACUGCUUCCGCGGCUGCCCAGUACGUUCCCGCCAUCUGCAACGGGAGGGAGAUCGUCGACUCCACCACGUCCUCCCUGUGACCUCCGUUUGACCCCUGACCCCUGACCCCAGCCCUUAGACUGUUAGCGAAUUUGCACAUAUUGUGCACCUCCUGUGAACUAGUACCAUUUAUGUAGAAAGUGUGUAUUAAAUUAUUUUUAAAGGCUGUACAUAGUAACUGACAUUGUUGUAGAGAGAGAGAGAAA